GAGAAAAAAUAAUCCGCCACCGCCAGUGAGUGAAAACGAAAACAUCAGGUGCUAACCGAGAAGACGAGUUAAGUGCUCAUUAGUUGGUGUCCUUUUGCGUCGAAUUUGUUUCGAUUCUCAGCCGUGUUUUUGGAGGACGACGGCCCGAACUGGGACGGACACGACGGGGCUGACAGUCGGCAGGUUGAGCCGCAAUAAUUCGUUAUUAUGCAGAAAAAGGAUCCGAAAGCAGUGUCAUGGCCGCUGAGAUAAUAAGCGAGUCGUCUGGUCACGAAAAAGAGUACGACUAUCUGCUUAAAUUCCUGCUCGUUGGCGACAGCGAUGUCGGCAAACAGGAAAUUCUCAGUGGACUCGAAGACGGAUCCACGGAAUCGCCUUAUUGGAACGGAUAUGCCUACAAAACCACGACGAUCUUGUUGGACGGCAAGCGGGUGAGACUGCAAGUUUGGGACACAUCUGGACAAGGCCGCUUUUGUACCAUCAUAAGGUCAUAUUCAAGAGGAGCUCAAGGCGUGCUAUUAGUCUAUGAUAUAACAAGCAAGUGGUCCUUUGACGGCAUUGAUCGAUGGGUCAAGGAAGUUGAGGAGCAUGCGCCUGGAGUUCCCAAAGUACUUGUUGGCAACAGACUGCAUCUUGCCUUCAAGAGGCAGGUUUGUCAGAGAGAGGCUGAACUUUAUGCAGCCAAAAACCGAAUGGCGUUUUUUGAAGUCAGUCCUUUGUGCAACUUUAAUAUAAGAGAGAGUUUCAGUGAACUGUCCAGGAUGGCUCUUCAUCGUAAUGGGCUAGAGAGGCUGUGGAGAUCUAACAAAGUUUUAAGCCUGCAGGAAUUGUGCUGUCGGGCAAUUGUGCCGAGGACAACAGUGUAUGGAAUCGAGCAGCUACCGUUGCCACCCCCAAUCAAGUCUCACCUAAAAUCAUACGCUAUGACAAGCUACACUGCGCGCUAUGUGGCAGGCACCCUUUUACGUCCGAGCACCGCUUCGCACAAGAAGCCAAAACUGAUAGUUCCAACAGACGCAUCGCGCACGAGUUGCACUGGCAGGAACUCCUGCUCGAUCUCUUGAUAAGUCAGUCCCAAGUGAUACAAACAAACUGAUCAUGCUUCCAGUAGUGAAUUCCUGCUCGUAGCUUGGACCAAUUUUUGGCAUCCAGUAAUCAAAACCUUGUGGUGCAACUUGUUACUUACCUGGGCCACUGUUUCAUAAGUGUAACUUUGGUUUCUUAGCACAAAAUGACCUCCUCACAAAUGAAGUUUAUGUUAAAAAGUAAUCUCUUCCAAGAUCUGGAAUAGGCAUUACCUUUCAAAGUUUGUGAUAGUUUGAAAUUCCUUAAGGUGACCACGGUUAAUUAACAGACUCUGAUGUAGGAUAAGCCCUUAUGUUAUUAUUGUUUUCGAAAGGAACGAUGACGUUUAAAUUUCACCAUGGUCUUACAGGUUGAAAAUAUUUCUUUUUGUUCAUUACCAAUAUCAGAGCAACGGUAAUGCUCAGUUCGACUCUCGAUUUCUUUGAUAUUCAAGCAAAAAAUAAUACUCCCAGACUGUUCUGUUACGUCCACACAGUCCAUUUUUAUUUUUAUGGUGUAUUUCUGACAAUCUUUCCUUUGAAAAUUCAUCUUUGCCUCACUGCUUAAUUGUUGUGUAGUGAUGAUUCGUUUGUUUUAACGUGGUUCACACGUCCUGUGCAACUAUUUUUACAGCUGUGGGUACAUACGCACUGAUGCUUUUAAAUGUGUCGUCCCUCCGUUCAUUACCUACGUUUUAAUUGAAAUAUAUUUGAUGUGUAUAAUGCAAAUGAAUUAUUGGAUAUUUUGACUGCCCAUUAAAACUUGGAAAGCA